AUGUUUUCAUCCUUCCUCAACAUCUCGGUUCCGAAGUUCGGGUUCCGAAGGGCGCCGGCCUCCCAGCCCAUCGACAUCCCUAGUGUCGAGGUCCACGAUGUCGAAGUCUCGAGCGAGAAACGCGGCCGGCGGCUCAAACAUCUACUGAAACUCAACCAUGCCACCUUUGCCAUUUUAUAUAACCAUCUUCGCUUCCACAACCAUACUCCUCAUAUUCUGGGAUCGGCCUACCUAUUCGGCGGCACGCCCGAACAUUUGAAUGCCAUCUACGAAGACGCUGCUGCCAAUGAAGGCCACGAACACUGGGUCGAGUCGCCCUCUGAGAUUGCUCUGCACGACUACCGCGACUACCUAGGCAAGCGGGAAUACCAGCGGGCGUUUGUCGACUUCUUCGAGGACCAGCUUGUCCUUCACGGCUACGACUGGAAAGAAAUUGUGGAAAAUUUCCUUUUCGAACGCGGCCCUGGGAAGUCGGAUAACCCUGAGCCCAUCUUUAACUGCCUGACCGCUGGAUUGGGCCAUCCCCUGAUCCAUCUUGGCUAUGCGUACGAGCUGAACAGUCGUGAAGUAGCCAUGGAGGCUCUUGGGCUGGCGGCGACGUGCUACGACGCCAAGCUCGCUAGCCUCCUCGAGACAGCCUGCCACUCGCAGGCAUCCACCCGCAAUCCUCUCACAUACUCCACAAACGACCUCUUUGAAGUCUUCGCCCGCGUCCAAGGUGACAAGCGCCUCGACUCUGCCUUCGACCAUUACGGCGGCGACAACCUCUCACAGCUGCUGGCCGACCCUGUGCUCACCUCUAUCCUGUUGGAGCACUGGCACACAUGGAAGAUCGACCAUCCGACUGCCGACUUUGCUCAGUCUCAAGCCCUGGCAUCCGCACUGCUGAUUUCCUGUGCCACCAGCGUCGAGGGUCACGGUUAUGACUUCUUCCUCGUCCACCUGUUGACAACCUCACAUGCCGUGCGGAUCCUGAUCCCUUUCCUCGACGGACAGCACCAUCUCCCCCUUGUCCGCGAAUGGCUACUGAUCACCCUGGCCAUUUACAUCGCACAGCUGAGACCGCUGAUCAAGCGUGAGUACAUCACAGGUUAUGAUCUGCAGGGACGAGACUGGGCCUUUGUCGUGCAAGCGGCGCUCGAAGGCCAGUAUAAACUCGACGCGCAUUUCGUCAAGGCGUGCCGAGCUUUGAGGGAAGCUGACCGGGUAUGGGGUGAUGACAGCGGUGAGAAAUACUACCUCAAGGCUGCAGUCAAGUUUGCCAGUGAGUUUGACGGAUGGGGUGGGUUUGGAGCUGUGGAUGAAGAAGAAGAGCGGGAGCUGCAGGAGUCCAAAGCCAAGGCCAAGGCCAUAGACAUGUGA